AUGCCUUGGAACACUGUCCUUAGUGAGCUUUCUCAAGCGGUCCGAAACAAUGUCGACAAGAUCACGAAAAUUCUACCAGACAAUUUGACCACCCGCAGCAAUGCUGUUAAAACGGUUGAUCUAAGCAUAGAUGUUCAUCAAGAUUCAAAGGACCCAAACAAAGCUGUUGCUAAAGUCCAGGCGAAUGCACAGGCCAAGGACAACGCUGUCAAAGAUUAUAUCAAAUCCGGAAACAAGGGUGGUGGUCACAAGGGAACGCACAAGAACAUCACUAGACCUCGCCACGACCCGCGGGUCACCCUGACGACCCGGACCGCGACCCGAACCACGGAGGUUCCUGGGUCGUGA